AUGCCCAAGCAACUGAAGGUCCAAGAGCUUGAGGCCAGGGGACCAGUCUCAGCAGCAGUAGCAACAGCAAGAGUUAGAGAGAACAAUGCUUUAAGGAUGGCACAGAUAGAAUUAAUCGAAAUGAAACGAAAGUUUGAUGCCUUGAGAGUUGUGGAGACAGAGAAAAAAAUGGUGAUUUCCUUGUUGCAGAGAAGGGAUGAAGAAUUAAAAACUCUGAAAAGCUUGCUUGAAAAUGAAAGGAAAGAAAAAAUCAAUAUCAUUAAUGAAAAGGAACAUUUUGAAAAAGAAAAAGCAGAAGAAGUAGAAAGAAUUAAUAAAGAAAAUCUUAGAUUAAAAGCUGAGCUUCUCAAAUUAAAUGAGAGAAUAAAAUCUAAUCAGUUUGGUGCAGCAGUAGAGAAUCUACAGGCCUGUGUUGAGCUAAAAAGGCUGACGCUGAGCAAAGAUAGAGAUGGACAUCAAAAACUCCUGGAAGAGCACAACCCAUUGAAAAAACAAAAUGAAAGCUUGAAGAAUGAAAUGGGUCACCUGCAAUGGCAUGGGCAUUCUAAAAGUACUCAUCAGUGUUCUUUUUGUAGUCCAAUCACUGUUAGUGCACAAGAUAAAACUAUAAGUGGUGUAUCUGAGCAUGGGGAAGAUACUGAAGGUGUUCAAUUGGUUCUCAGGCUCCACCAGAAGGUAAAAGAACUGGAAAAAGAAAGAAUCAAGUUGCAGAAACAAAUGGAAGAGGUAGAGAAAGAAAAAGACAGUCCAUGUGAUGACACAGCAUUUACACAUGUUGGUUUUAGAGUAUGACUUGAAGUGAUGAUUAAACUUUAAAUUCUGUGUACUAUAGUAUAUUGAAAUUUGAUAUCAAAAAUAAUAU